AUGGUGUGCCUGAUCCCCUUUGCUAAAAUAGGGUUUUACAGAGGAGAUGUGCAGAUAACCAAUGCUUUUGAUUCAUCCCUCAUUUGUUUCGAUCAUGAUUUACCUGAAUGUCUCACUUUAAAAAACAAUAUGCCAAAUGAUGAGUUUGCUCUUGCUCUAACGGCUACAAAGAAUGACAAGCGUCCGAUCAAGGAUCUAAUUGAUGAUUGGAAUGAUGUUGGUAUUAUAUCUAUCUCUGAAAUCAUCACAGCAACUCAGGAGGAGGAUUGCAAAAUAAUCUGCUCAAUCGAAUCUAUUGAUACGGAUUGGAGCUGGUUUAUUUUUGGUCAUGUUAGCCGGAACAGGUGUAACAAGCGUUGCAUGAGAAUCAAAUCGAAGGGUGGUGGUAAUUUGGCUCCAAAUGAGAAACCAAUAUUCUGGUGCACAACAUGUCGUGUUAAUACCACCACCGUAACCCCACAAUUCAAAUUGCAUCUCACUGUCAAGGAUGACACCAGUACUUGCAAACUAAUGCUUCUUGAUUCUGUUGCUAAAGUCGUUGUGGGCUUUGAGGCUAAAGAUAUUUGGGAUGGUUCCUAUGAAGAGAUUGAAGAUCCAGAUAUUUUGCCUCAAGCUAUAACAGAUUUGGUUGGAAAAUCUUUUUGUUUUGGUCUUACUCUUGGUUCUGAAAAUGUUAAAAAUGGAUCAGACAUCUUUUUGGUUUCACAAGUAUGGUCUGGUGAUAAGAUUCUCCAACUCGAGUCCAACUCUGAGCCUAUUACUCAUGUUAGCUCUGGUUCAUCAAUUAUGUCCGGUGGAGAGUGUGAUAAGGUUUCUAUAAAAGAAAAAAACGAAGCAAGUUCAUCAGAAGGUUCUUCAACGCCAUUUUCAAAGCGUAAGGGAAAAGAUCAAGUUGAUCAGACUUCAACUUCCAAAAAAAUGUGCACCAAGCUGGUGAAGAUGGAAAAUAUUAAAGAUGAUGAUCUUAAUGUUUAG